GCUCACAGCGUCGCUUGCGAUGGGAUGAGGGCGGGCACACGGAAUCGGUUUCCGGGGCUUUCCCUUCCUGGGCUGGGACAGCGACGAGAAGUAAAAAAGUAUCUGCUCAGAUACCACUUCAAAGUAACUUUCAGGUUUGCAUUGACUCAAUAGACUGAACUAUGUCUCAGUCCGGUGACAAAGCAAAGUUUCCAGAUGCUGCUGGUUAUGUAGGUUUUGCCAACCUUCCCAACCAAGUCCACAGGAAGUCUGUGAAAAAAGGUUUCGAAUUCACCUUGAUGGUUGUAGGUGAAUCUGGUUUGGGUAAAUCGACAUUAAUCAACAGCUUGUUUCUCACUGAUCUGUACCCUGAACGCUACAUCCCUGGAGCUGCAGAGAAGAUCGAGAGGACAGUGCAGAUCGAAGCGUCGACCGUGGAGAUCGAAGAGAGAGGGGUGAAGCUUCGUCUCACUGUGGUGGAUACCCCAGGAUAUGGUGACGCCAUUGACAGCCAGGACUGCUUCAAGACCAUCAUUCAGUACAUUGACAAUCAGUUUGAGCGUUACCUUCAUGAUGAGAGUGGGUUGAACCGAAGGCACAUUGUGGACAACAGAGUUCAUUGCUGCUUCUACUUCAUAUCUCCAUUUGGACAUGGUCUAAAGCCUCUGGAUGUGGAGUUUAUGAAGGCCAUUCAUAGCAAAGUGAACAUAGUUCCUGUCAUCGCUAAGGCAGACACGCUGACGCUGAAGGAGAGGACUCGUCUGAAGAGAAGGGUGCUGGACGAGAUUGCAGAGCACGGGAUUAAGAUUUACCAACUGCCCGAUGCAGACUCGGAUGAAGACGAGGAGUUCAAGGAGCAGACCAGAGUGCUGAAGGCGAGCAUCCCCUUCGCUGUGAUUGGCUCCAACCAGCUGAUUGAGGUUAAGGGAAAGAAGAUCCGUGGUCGUCUUUACCCGUGGGGUGUGGUGGAGGUGGAGAAUCCAGAGCACAAUGACUUCCUCAAACUCCGCACCAUGCUCGUGACCCAUAUGCAAGACCUCCAGGAGGUGACUCAGGAUCUGCAUUAUGAGAACUUCCGUUCUGAGAGGCUUAAGAAAGCUGGACGGGCCGUGGAUGAGGACGUGAUGGACAAGGACCAGAUCCUGUUACAGAAGGAGGCUGAGCUGAGACGCAUGCAGGAGAUGAUAGCACAGAUGCAGGCACAAAUGAAAAUGAAAGCAGAUGAGUGAAACUGGAGGCCGCAGAAGGGAAGAUCGGCACAGGUGCACACUCGCGUCCUGCCAACACACACCAACCUCACCUGAGUCCAUCCUCUUGUGCGCCCGCCACCCUCCGACGUCCUGUCACACUCUCAGACCCUCUCACUGCUGUCACUGUCAGUUUCAAUGGCACACAUUUUGAUUUUGAUGAAUAAUUUCAUUUGAUUAAUAAAUCCACCCAACUUAUUGAUGCAUUUUACUACAUUUACAUAUAGCUCUCCUUUGGACGGACCAAAAGUGCCUCUUCAUCAUGGAUAAUCAUCUUCAUCGCUGAAGUUUGUGUCACAUUUAUGAAAUCGUAUUUAUUAGUGAACUGCAAAAAAUUUUUAUCUUUGAAGCAAAUAUGUAUUUCGACUUGACAGUUGCUAAACUUAAUUCAUUACAAUUAAUUUGGGGAAUUUGAGGACACAUUUGUGCCAUGUUGUUUCUAUUGUUUUUUGUUUUUUUCGCUCGAGUGUUGCGUGAAUCUGGUGCCAACCACAGACUGAGAGAAGCCUGUCUGACUCACACUACAUCCUCAGCCUUUCUGUCUACUGUAUUUGGGCAUUUUAACCCAUGCAAUUUUUAUACUUCUCGUUUAUUAAUUUUUCCCUAAAUAAUUUGUCCAUUUACUCAAAUGUUGUUUAUUUACGUGUCUUCAUCAUUGUCUGUAACUAAAUAUGGAAGCCCAUGAUCACUGGCAAGAAUCUGGGAUUACAAGCAAAAACCAAUGUUUAAAACUUGGUCAUUGGUUUGUCAGAAUUUUACAAUUUGUUUCUGAAGUCACGUUGCAGGUGGGCGAAGGAUAUAAAAGGAAUUUAAUGCCAAGUUGGAAGUGGAGGGGUCAGAAUGACAAGAGGGAGCAUUAGAUAGGCGGUAAGAAAGUUGGUAGUGAACUUCAGCUCAAAUUCAAAACUCCAAAUGCUCCGCCAAUCCACCUUUAAGCUUCAUUGUAGAGCUUUCAUGAACAGUCAGUGUUUUGCUGCUCGCAGAUUUGCAUUAUUGUUUGUUAACUCAAAUAAAACAAACUCCAUUGUGACUGUGUUGUCAGAUGUUGACCUAGUUUUUGUAUUUCCUCCGAAAUAAAGUUUGUUAAGGAAACAAGACGCCUUUU